AUGGAAACCAAAAAGUUGAUUGGUAAACCGCUUCAACCAGCAAGACCUGUUCGUCAUCUGAGUUCUCCCCCUGGAGCAGUAUUCCCUUUCAACUUUCAGAAUGAAUAUCCAUGCAACACCCAGUACUUACAAAGUGGAGUUAGCAGAUGUAAGACGAAUGGAAUGCAAGCCUUUUCUCAAGGUCUUAAUGAACAACAACAUCAUUCUCCAGUUAAAAAAGAGAGAAUCAAAUACAGCAGAGAUUUCCUGUUGAAGCUCUCAAGUGUUUCCAUCUGCAGGAAAAAACCAGACUUUCUACCUGAUCAUCCUAUUGUCCUUCAGAAACCAGAAAACAACCAAAGCUUUAAGUAG